GCCACAGGCAGGAAUGGAAUCCUGACACCCUAUUCCAUGCCCCCGCAGGAAACUUGAGGAGUGUGUGAAGUGGGGGUGCCCCUGCCCUUCAGGAUAAGGACUGCUUUCCUGGAGGGGGGCUGGGUCUGCCCAUGGUAGUUGCUUUUGGUUCACCUGGCCCAUCAGAACCCAUGGGGAGCUCACAAAAUCUGCCAAUACCAGAAACCUGCCCCUGGAGAGUCACAUUUAGUGGGGUGCAGCCUGGGCAUCUGCAGGUGAUUUUGUGGGCAGCUGAAUUAAGACUCUCCCAACUGCCCGUGGUGUGGAAGGUCUUCAUCUCUGCUCUUGCCCUGUUGUUCUUACUGGCUGAGCAGCAAAUUUGGUCUCAAAUGACAGUUCCCUUACAGUCCCCCAAAAACCUGUUCUCCAAACUGAAGGUUUAACAGGAAGAGAAGAUCUCCUGUGGGAAUGAAUAGUUUUGCCAUGGUCCCCAUUCCUCGAAAGCUGGCUUUUCUUAGGGUCAAGGUAUGCCCUUCAGAAGUCCCUCCCACAGUUUUAUGAUGCUUCCUUGUGUCUUAGGGGCAGAGACUGGUGUGUAAUUCACACCCCUAGGGGAGUCCCUCCUAAUGUUUUGUGAUAGCUGAGUUUCAAACAGCAGUAUUUGUGCAUUGGAUAAAUGCACCACACGACACCUGUCAUGAGAUUCGGCCUUCUCUAAUGAAAUGGGGGUAAGGGUAGCAUCCUUAUUGCAGGUCACCUGGAGAGCAAAGACCUUCCCUUUCAAAGAGGCCCAGAAAAGCAACUGUCCAGUUCCUUCCUGUGGAUAGUGUCCUGCCUCCUGGGGGAAUGCUACUGGGGGAAUAAUUCUGAGGGGCCUGCUGGGGCGUGCAGGAGUGCCUGUGACCUCCUGAGUGUCAAGGCGUUCCUAUGUCUCCCAUGGCCUAGGGGGAUCCUGGACACAUUCGGCCCCAUCCUCAUUCUGGGGAAUGCACCAGCUACGUGAGAAAGGGAAACAGAGCCCCUCUGUUGGGUCUGGACUCAUCUCGUCCUUCAGUGGCCGUGACCCAGUCUUGGUGGCCAGGUCUGUGGAGGUUCAGAGAAUGCAGAUGAGAAGCGGUGGGAGGAGACAGGCAGGCCAGGUCCCUUGGCUCCUUUUAGUAUGAAAGCCCAGAAGCCAAUGGGGGCUUUUCCCUGCCCUUCCUAUCCCUUCUCCUGACCUUUGGGUGGUCCUGUCCUGGACUCGGGUGGCUUCUCACGGCUUGGUGCUCUGGCCCUGCCUCGUCUGGUCAUGGCUAUCUGGGGAGGGCAUUCAAGCUCCAGAGCAGGGCUGAAAAGCACAGGACAAUGCCACUGGGCCUCUGCAGGGGGACCUUUGACCUCUCAGGCUAUCUAGCAUUACAAAGGCAUCUUAGGUAUCUGGCCUCAUUAUUGACUCAUGCUAACUUGUGGUCAGCUGAUCCAUUAUGGUCUUUUUGUCUCCACAAACAGUUAUGAAUCUAAGAAUCUGUUUGUGAAUUGGCCAUAACAUUUCUCCUGCUUCCAUUUCAUGCUGCAAGCUUGAGCCCGCCAUUCCAGUGGGUCAAGAUUCUUUCGAAUCCUCAUUCCAUCAUCGGGAUCGCGCACCUUGCCUCCUGGUUUCGUGUAGUCGGUGUUGAGCAAGAGGGACAGAUUCUGACCCAGAGCAAUCUCCUGGUUGUGGUUGGGUGGGCUUGUCUUUCCGGCCGAGCUCCUCUCUUCCAGGCCUGCAGUCAUGAUGAGCCUCUGCUGCCGUAGUCUAUGUCCUUCCAGAGCUAUCUCAAGGGGACAAAGGGUGGAGCCACUUUUUCCUAGUUGCAGUAUAAGCUCUCUCUACUUCAGGCAUUUGCCAUAGAGCUCCUGGGCAUCUGGGCAGGCAGGACAUGCCCACAAGGAGACUCAGGGGUCAGACAGAGCUCCUGAGAGUCUGGUCAACGGUGCUGUCAUGAGUACCAGGAGGAAGAAAUGGACACAUGGCACCUCCAAAGAAGGAAAGUCAAUAACCCUCCCUCGCAGGGAAUGUGGUGACGGGAAGAGCCGGGACUGCAGAAGAUCUUACAAUAGGGCCAGCAGCUCAUCUCCAACAUGUGUCCGUUUGCUUUCUAUGUCAGGCUCUAGAGGGGGCAUGGCCUGCCCCUCUGAUGCUCCUGGACCACACGAGGCUCCACAUCGCCCCAAGGUUCUGCAAACCAGACUCUGUCUUCUCCUCAAAGGGCCAUGGCUAUAAGUGCCAUGGUGGAGGAGGGAGCAGAUGUCCGUGUCACCUGUGGCCUAGGCCUUGACCUUGGAGAGAAGGGGUAGCCCAGGAGGCUGUGGGUAAUGAGGAACAGGAUACUGGGUAGCCUUGAAGAGGUCUGGCUCAGGCCAGAAGAUGCUAUCCUCCUAACUGACACAGAGACCAAGAAGUCUUGAGAACAGGAUGACCCUCUGGUCUCAAGGGGAUUCGCCCGGCCACGCAGAGAAUGCACAGCCUACCCAGGGGGCCUGGGCUGGAAGGACUGAAGUCUUCAUCUGACCCGAAUCCUCUGGAUGAUCUAUUCAGUACCGGGCUGCUUCCUUUAGUAGACCAGAGCGCAGCCAUCUCCAUGUGCCUGGGGCCCUGCCAUCCUGACUAUGACCGCUUCUGACAAGGCUGCCUGUCCCGACAUAUCUGCCGCCCCUGUGGCUGUGCCCAGGCCGCCAUGUUGAAAGCUGCACCUGGCCUCAGUGGUUACCACAGGGACGCUAGAGCACUUUGCUGAAGACCCCACGUGCUUCCUGUGGCCUCUCUUUGGGCUGCGUCCCAUCCUUAAUGCUCGGCAAGGCUCAGGAAGAAGUUCCCAGGGACAUGCCACUCACCAAAGAGCCUCCUCCCUUUCCCGUCCCACACCACCCCUUCCUUGCCUGCUUCACUCACCACCGCAUGCACAGAAUUUCAGCUUGGAGACUCUACCAUCUCUCUUUUUUAAUUUUUAUUUUAAGUAGGCUCCAUGCCCAGCAUGGGGCUUGAAUUCACGACCCUGAGAUCAAAAGUCACAAGCUCUACUGACUGAGCCGGCCAGGCGCCCCAUCUCCCAUCUAUUCUUGAAUCGCAUUCAUUUGCAGACUCUCUAGCUGAGAGAGAAUGUUUUAUUUUCAAACGUUUUGAAAUCUGCUUUCUAGUCUAAGGAAACAUUUAUUGGGAAUACUUUGUGUGCCGAGUUCUGUGCUUGGGGCUAGGGGUCGGGGGGGACGUGAGGGUGAAUAAAAUACAACUUCUAUGUUGGAGAGGCAGACUCAUGACCCGGAAAUAUGGACCAGCCUCAAGGGACCCCCACCUGAACCUGGGGGAGGGAUCUGGGAGCCUCCAGAGAGGAUGACCGUUGAGCCAAGUCUUGAAGGAUGAACAAAAAUGGGGUGAAAGCAGAGGAUGGGAUACAGCAGGGGACCAUGUGGGCAGGGACAGGACAGAGCAGGUAUGAGAUGAGAGCAGAGCCCUGUGGGCACCACCAGGGGGGCUGAGGGCUCUGGUGGUGCUUGGGGAGACAAAUUAAGGAAUUCACUUUCAUCCUGAGGCUGGAGAAGGAGCCACUGGAGGGUUUGAAGCCAAAGAGUCACAUGGUCUGAUCUACAUUUUCAACGAUCCAUUCUGGAGAAAUGCUCAAGAGGUGGCAUUGGAAGGAUGCAGCUGGAUGCAAGAACGAGGGACGAAGGGUCAGGGAUGGUUUUGUGGCUUGGGGUAUGGGGUGGUGGAAAUUCUCCAAAAUAUUCCCACAAAGUUACACCUUCUUCCAUUCUCGUGGAAUUCUUACCCAAAAGCCUUUCAGAAUGAUACACAUUAGGUGGCAUACGUGUUUGGUGGCUUCUUAGAACAAGGUUCUGCUCCCACGACUGUGGCCCCCAUCUUCUGGAUGUUGCCUCCUGCUCAGAGGACUGUCCUCACGGCCACCACCCUGUCACUGUGGCCCGGGGGAUACCGCCUCACACUGGCACUGUGAGUUUCUUGGCGCUAGGAUUCAGAAUGCGGCCCGCAGUGCUGUGGGCUCUGGUGACAUUAGACCUGGGAGAACAGGUAGACUCCGAUUGGCAGGACAGCCCUCUCUGUCCUGUUGGAUGCAGAGAGGUGGUCUGCAGAGGGUCCUGGCCAAUGCGCAGUAGGGAGAGGCCUCAGCCCCGACAGACCAUCUGACACAGAGCAGUGGGCACUCGAUGGGUUUCCUGUUCCAGGCUCUGAGACCCAGCGCCACCUCCCGGGCGUGGACUCCUCAAAUGCCCUGUUUCUCUAUAAUAAAUUCUCACUUUUCAGAUCCUUUAGCAGCUUAACAGCCGUUAGAAGAAUGUUGACUAAGAAAAUGUUGUGCUCCAGCCUUGACUGUCUGUCCCCUUGGGUUGGUUUAUAACCCAUUCCCGGGACACAGCACGGACACGAGGCAGAAAGAAGGGGAAUCAGCCUGCUCGCCUGAUGUUUCCUUGAGACCGGCGAGGCAUGCUCUCCCCUCUGUUUCCAGCAGGUGGCGCCUGAGGAGGCUGGCGGCCACACCUGGUGUCCUCCCACCCUGUUUUCUGAAGGGCAGAGCCCCUCUCCUUGCCCGCGUCUCCCCCUCCAUACUCCCCACACUGACCUCAGGACUGUGGGGUUUGGGGACCAUCAAACUUCUGAGAACUGUGAGUCAGGAGUGGGAAAGUAGCCCCAGGAAAUAGGCCCAAGGUAACCAGGGACAGCCUAUCCCAGAUCAACCAGAGAAUUUCCAUGGAGGGCAGAGGGUCCCAGGGGGUCGCAGGAAGAAGGGGACAUGCAGCUGUGCAGAAAGGUGUGACUAAAAGGAGGGGAUGGAACAGGAUGACCCUUGAACCCCUUUCCACCCUUCCAGAAGCCCAGCAUCCCUGCUGCCGAACCGGCCCAGCCCACCCAGUCCCAACACAGCCACUUGCUCUGCUGCCCUGCCUCCAAGGAAUCCAAUUAUAGCAGCAGGUUCAUGGCACCUGCCUGGUGCCCAGGGCUGGCCAGGUGGGGCUGGGGGAGGGGGACAAGUCUGGGGCUGACCAGCUGGUGUGAUGAUAGAUUGUUCCAUGAGGAUCCUGCUCAGGAAGGAGAUUCCUGGCCUCCUCGCUGACUCGGGAAAGUCUCUCCUCCGGAACCUCACUUUGUCCACCUGUCAAACAGGCAAAUUCAGUGUCUUUAUCGACCCUCCUGCCCCUUCAGGCAAAAAAAGAGCUUGGUAUGUUUUGUUUCUUCUUGGGGAAAUCUUACCUUCAAAGUACAGUGCUUUUAUUAUAGACACUUAUGAAAACAAUAGCAGUAGCAACUCAUGGCUUAAUUACAAUAGUCGGGAAGAGAGAAAGAGUGGGAGGCUGCACGGGGUGGGGGCAGGGCUGCUCCUUUCCCACAGCCUCAAGCGUUUCCCACCUCCUGGGAAACUGAGGCCUAAGCUCCCCUGCCACCUCGCUGAGUCAGGGAAUACCAAAAAACCCGAAGUGGACUAUACUGCACCACAGGUGGAUUACAGCAAGCUAGGAAAGGGCUAUUUCUGGGGCAGGACUGACGUUAGGCAGUGCUCACCGGGGGAGGGGUAGUUCUUCCUAACAGCUCAGGCUAUAGGAGGGAGAGCUGAGAGGCCAGCCCUUCCCCUUGGCAGCUUCCAGGCGCCAUGGUGUCCUUAGCGCAGGUACUGGGAUCUGGGCAAUGGAAGGGGGAGAGUGAGGGGUGGGCACAGCCUGCCUUUAGCUGUGCUGCAUAUUCUUGGGGCAGAGUGGUCAGGGGCCCCCUUCCACGGUCUGGGGUUGGGCCUCCAGGGGCAGUGCUGGUCCUGGACCCUCUCUGGACCCGAGGAGCCAGCACCCCCAGCCCAUUCCUCAUUGCAGCCCUGAUCCUCAUCUCUGAGUCACCCUUUGAUGAGGUUCUGUUUCCUGUCUGCACCCCGUUAUUAACUGGGUUAUUCCUUCUCUCACUGUGCUCUUGUCCCGGCUCAGAAGGACCUUUGAGGGCAGCCAUAGGAAGGGUAAGGAUUCUGCCGCAGGCUCAGCCUUUACUCAAAUUCAAGUUACUUCUUUAUGGCUCACCCCACCCCCCAUGAGCAGCCCGGAAUCCCGGUGCCCCUCCCUCACCCCUGCCAACCCGGGGCAGAGCCUCGGGGUUCACAGAUCCAGCCCCUCCCUCCAGGGCUCCCGCGGGAGAAUGGAGCUGCCAUGGAAACUCACAAACUUCUGCUACUUCUGUGAACACAAGUAACACACGUUUAUUUCACAGAAAUUAGCAAGUACAGGUGAGCAGGGAAGCAUUGAAAAUGGCCACGAUUCUACCCAGAGACGGUCAGUAUUUUAUACCUUCAGUCCACGUGCUGUGCCGUAAGCAGCUGUUGGCCCUUAAAGCAUUGUAUCUUUCAAGUCAAAAGAGCCAUUUCCACAUCAUUUUCUUUACUGACCGCCCUGUGUGUCCUGUGAAAUGCUCAUUUCACCAUUUCCUUGGUAGUGGUGGCCCUCAGGAUAGUUUUGUAUCAUGAAUCAUGCUGCCAGAAACAUCCCCCAACCGUUUAGCAAUAUUUCCUCACAACCUGUUCAGCUUCAGGCACCCUCUGGGUGUCGGGCACACAGCCAUUGACAAAGCAGAGACCUGUGUAGACACAUCUCUGGCCCUAUCCUUGAUUAUUUCCUUCAGCUGAUGACUGGAUGGGGCAUUGCUGGGCCAAAGGGCACACCUUUGCAGGCACUCGCCCUCCCAAAGGAUUGUGCCUGUCCCAGGGGCUUUUCUGAGAGCCACUCUGGGCAAAGCCUGGUGGCCUCUCUGCUCCAGAUUGGAUCGGCGACAGGUGCAGGCAGGACCCGAGGGACAGAACGGGCCUCAGGGGAAGCUGGUGGAGGAGCCUGGUUCCUGGGUCUGUGCCGCCUGCCACCCCUUGGGCCAGGGCUGCACUGGGUGGCUGUUUUCCCAGCCGCACAUUGGGCUGGUGGGUCUGGGUAUGGAAUACAAUAUUUGAAAUUGGGCCACCUAAACAAUCCAGAGCCACUGAGGUGUCUCCCCUACCCAGCUCGGAGGCGGCCCUCCCAGGAGGAUCUGGGGAGGGGAGAGGAAGCCCGGACUCGCACCCCAGGCCGCUGAAGGCGGGUCCCCGCCAGGCCCUGCCCCCUUACCCCAGGCCUCCGCCCCUGCCCUUCCAGCACCGCGGGCGGGCGCCCAGGUAGCUCAGGAGCCCAAACCUGUCGGGCCGGUUUUGAGAGCCGCGGGGACGCAGGCUGGUGAAGGAUGCCCGGCCUGCCCCGCGCUCUGUCCGCACCCCCGGCCGCCUGAGCCCCGUCCGGCCUGCCCCGCAGCCCUCCGGCCCACCCCAUGACGCGCGCGCCCGGCCUCCUGGCGCCCCUGCUGGGGCUGGGGCUGGGGCUGGGGCUGAGCCCGCCGGGGGCGGGGGCCGCGGACUGCGUGUCCCUUGGCGGCGCAGAGCGCCUGGCGUUCGCCCCGGCGGCCAGGGGCCAUUGGCUGGCCCCUCGCGUCCGCCCGCGGGGAGCCCUGAGCCCCCUGUACGGCACGGUGCGCCGCUUCCUCUCCGUGGUGCAGCUCAACCCCUUCCCCGCCGAGCUGGUAAAGACCUUGCUGAAUGAGCCUGCCUCCGUGAAGGUGGAUGAGGUGGUGCGGUAUGAGGCCGGCUACGUGGUGUGUGCUGUGAUCGCUGGCCUCUACCUGCUGGCGGUGCCCAUCGCCGGGCUGUGUUUCUGUUGCUGCCGCUGCUGCCGGCGCUGCGGGGGCCGAGUGAAGACGGAGCACAAGGCCGUCGCCUGGGAGCGAGGCACCCUCGCGGCCUUCCUGCUGCUCACCACCCUCGUGCUACUGAUUGGUGUGAUCUGCGCCCUUGUCACCAGCCAGCACACACAUGAGCAGGUGGGCCGCAGUGUUGAGGCCGUGCCUGAGAUUCUGCUCAGCCUCCGGGGCCUGGUCUCCGAUGUCCCCCAGGAGCUGCAGGCCGUGGCACAGCAGUUCUCCCUUCCUCAGAAGCGAGUCUUGGAGGAACUGGAUGGUGUCGGCAUGAGCAUUGGGAGCACCAUCCACACGCAGCUCAAGAGCACCGUGUAUGAAGUGCUGGCCUCAGUGAGCAGCCUGGGCCAGGCCCUGCAGGUCUCUUUGGAUCACCUGCAAGCCCUAAACACUACGUUGGUGGAGCUGCGGAAGGGACAGCAGGACCUGGAGCCAGCCGUCCGGGAGCACCGCGAGCGCCUCCUCGCCCUGCUGCAGGAGUCCGGCUGCCAGGGCUGCACCGAGGCCCAGAGCCGAGCCCGUGCCCUGGAGCUGGGAGCUGACUUCCACCAGGUAUCCCCUGUGGACGAUGUCCUGCAUCGGCUGAAGGGUGUCCCAGAGGCCAACUUCUCCAGUAUGGUCCAGGAGGAGAACAGCACCUUCAAUGCCCUCCCACUCCUGGUGGCCUUGCAGACGGCCAACGUGGUCAAAGAGGUGAAGAAGGUGGUGGCCCAGAAGCCUGAAGGGCUGAAGACACUGGCGGAAAAGUUCCCAGGCUGGGAGGCAGCCUCUCGCUGGAGCCGGGCGCUGAAGGAGGUGGAACAGAGUAGCCGCCCCUACCUGAAGGAGGUGCAGAGAUACGAGAAAUACAGGUGGAUUUUGGGCUGCGUGUUGUGCUCCGCAGUCCUGCUUGUGGUGGUCUGUAACCUGUUGGGCCUCAACCUGGGCAUCUGGGGACUGUCUGCCAGGGAGGACCCCAGCCGCUCAGAAGCCAAGGGCGAGGCUGGAGCCCGCUUCCUCCUGAUAGGUGUGGGCUUCAGCUUCCUCUUCGCUGCACCCCUCAUCCUCCUUGUCUUUGCCACCUUCCUGGUGGGCGGCAAUGUGCAGACUCUAGUGUGUCAGAGCUGGGAGAGCAAAGAGCUCUACAAGUUUGCAGACACCCCAGGGAACUUGCCCCCAUCCAUGAACUUGUCUCAGCUUCUUGGCCUGAAGAAGAACAUCAGCAUCCUCCUGGCCUAUCAGCAAUGCAGGGAAGGGGCCGCGCUCUGGAGCAUCCUGCAGCUCAAUGACUCCUAUGAUCUGGAGAAGCACCUGAAUAUCAGCCAGUACACUGCCAAGCUGCAGCAGGAGUUGCGGAACCUCAAAGUAGACAUGAAGAAUCUGGACCUGCUGAGCCCAGCCGCCCACCGGGACCUGGAAGCCCUGCAGAGCAGUGGGCUUGAGAAAAUCCACUAUUCCGGCUUCCUCGUUCAGAUCCAGAAGCCCGUGGUGAACACCAACAUGGAGAAGCUGGCCCAGGAGCUGGAAGAAUUGGCCCGGACCCAAGGCAGUUCUGUGCUGGGGAAGCAGCUGCAGGAGGAGGCCCAAGGGCUCAAAAACCUCUAUCAGGAGAAGGUCCUCCCCCAGCAGAGCCUUGUGGCCAAUCUCAACCUCACUGUCAGGGCCCUGGCAUCCUCAGCCCUGAAUCUCCAGAUGGAGACCUCUGGUGUCUUGGACAAGGUCGCUUACCUAAAAGGAGAGCUGCCUACCUGGGCCACCAGUAUCUUGAGGAAUGAAAGUGAGUGUUUCCUGACCCGGGAGGUGGGUUACUUCUCCCAGUACGUGGCCUGGGUAAGAGAGGAGGUGACUCAGCACAUUGCCACCUGCCAACCUCUCUCCGGAGCCCUGGACAAUGGCCGUGUGGUCCUGUGUGACAUGAUGGCCGACCCCUGGAACGCCUUCUGGUUCUGCCUGGCAUGGUGCACCUUCUUCCUGAUCCCCAGCAUCAUCUUUGCUGUCAAGACCUCCAAAUACUUUCAUCCCAUUUGGAAACGCCUCAGUUCCACCAGCUCGGAGGAGACUCAGCUCUUCCACAUCCCCCGGGUCACCUCCCUGAAGCUGUAGGGCCCCAGUGGGGGUAUUUGCUGGCUGCAAGGUGAUGCCUGGGGCUGCCUGCCUUCCUCCUCCUUUGAUUUGCCCUGGACCAGAGGACUUCUGUUGCCCUUGCUCAGAGCCCAGACUGGCAUCAGGCCUGGAUUGUCCUUCAACUCCAGUUACCUGACCCCAUUUUGCCUAUUUCUUCCCCCUCUCCUUGCUGCUCAUGAACCCCUUUUUUCAUUCUCAGAAGCACAUUUAACUUUUGUUGGGCUACAGGAGCCAAUAGAUUCUUCCAGAUAUCGAUCCCUUAUCCUCCUCGCUGCAACAUAUUAGCACCAGCGGGAGCCUGUUCUCCAUCUAUUGGAACCCCUUCCUCAGCCCCGUGGGUGAGACAGAGGCCCUGCCCAACCCCAUUCUGUCACCAUCUGUCCCAUCCCCUGCCACACCUCCCCCCGCUCCUUACCAAGCUCCUGCCCCUUUUCAUCAUCUGACCUGCCCGCCUAUCCAACUCCACUCUGCCCCAGCCCUUACAUCCUCCCUGCCAGGGAAACCUUUUUCCCUGCUUUGUCCCCUUUCUACCUUAUCCCACUACCUUGCUGGCACCCAGGGACCCCUCCUGCCCAACUAAGCUAAUCAGGUAAAGCCAUCAAGCAGGCCAGGGGACGCUAGGGCUCUCUGCCUCAUGGCCCUCGAGCCCUCCACUGCCCAGACACCUGGACCCUCCACAGGCCCUGGCCUGGAUUUCUGGCCACCCUCAACCAUUUCUGGGUUGAGGGAGGCCUGUCUGAAGGUUGAGCCCCUUGCCUGCACCCUGGGUUGGAAAUAGUGCUUUGUCCUGCAGCUCCUCUCUGAGCACUGUCUCCCUAGGAAGGGACCUGGGACACAGGCCAGAGUGGGGGGGGGGGUCACCCCCAGCUCCCCAGAAGGUAGCCUCUUUGACAACCCCCACCCAGCUUUCCCAGGAGAGACCUGGUGGCCACAACUGGAUUUUGUACUGUGGCCAUUACUCUUUCUAUCCUAUGCAUGAGGCCUAGUCCAUCCUGUGUCUUCUCUGCAUGCUGGAUGCUGAGUCCCAGAAACAGGGAAAAGGAGAAGGAGAGAGAAGAGAUGGACAAAACCUCAGAUCCAUUAAAGUGUUAUCACUUCCUAAGCCUUGGCCUUGGAUGUCUGACACCAGCUCAGGCUAGGGCCCUCUAUGCAGUUGGUGUUUAAUGAGGUUUUUUGGAGAGGAAAAUCCAAGACUUCCUCUGACUGUAGACAUCCAGGAUUACCCCAGCAAUCAGCAGAUGGGGAGUGGGACCCACUCUGGGAGCAGGCAGACCUGGCUGCACAUCCUGGCUUUAAUGCUUGGUAGCUAGGACCCUUUGAACAUGUUCUCUGUGUUCCCUAGACCUCAGUGUCUCCACUUCUAAAUCGGAGAAAAUAGUCAUGACCACCUCCUAGGGCUAUGAAAAAUGUGACAUUGCAUGGAAAACUCUUGGCAGGAGCCUGGCACAAAACAAAUGCUGAGAUGCUGCUUUUUUUUUUUUUUUGGCCGUGACCGCUCUGGGCCAUGGGCCGAGCUGGGUCUUGGCAGGUACAAAGGAGGAGAGAGACGGGUCCCUGUUCAGAGGUGCAAAGCCCUUUAAGAUUGUAGUCUGCUGAGUUUCAGGGGGUGUUUAUGUUGAAUUGCAUCUUACAAGCCAGCAACAGAUCUACUACUAGAAAUUAGGAUGGUGGGUACACAACCUAUGGUCACUGUUGCAAGCACCCUCCAAGCAGGCAUCCUUGAAUGAGGCACAACUGCUUUUUUUUUUUUUUUUUUUGGCUUUUCCCAAAGCUUUUUGGGCUUGUUUCUCAUCUGUUGCCCUAUGCAGGGAACUGUGGCGCCCUGCAUGUUAAGAAUGAAAUUGAUGGGAUGAAAAUAGAGAAAACAAUUAAAAAAUAAUUUCCAGUUCUCUAUCUUAUCUUUUUGAUAUGUGAGCAUACCGCACAUGGUUAUUUUAAAAUUUAAUAACUUCCUAAU